AUGGCAGCUGCCUUAUCUGCUUCUUUUUCUGUUGGUGAUAUGUGCCAAGAAAAGUUUCGACGAGCAAUGCACCCUCAGCAAAGUAUUCCUCCGCUACGUCGUGAACGAACAACGAUGGAUGAGCAAAUUACUCGAAAAAAUCAAACAAGACCUACCUAUUCUCAUGAAUUACCCGGCAGAUCCGCAGCAUUUUCUGGCGAAAAACAAUACGAUCGACGUCAAGCUUCGACACAAGUUCGUUCAGCCAAAUCCAAUGAAAUCUUUCAUUUGAUCGAUCGAAAAUUACAAACAGGUGUUCAUGGAGUACGCCAUAUGUUUCGUUCGAAUGAUCAUAACCAAGAAGGAAAAUUAUCCAAAGAAGCAUUUCGACGAGUACUAAUGCAGCUGUGUGGUUAUAUAAAUGUUGACGAGUGGGAGAAAGUAUGUAAAAUGUUUCAUAUCAAUGAACGUGAUGAUACAAUAACAUUUCAAGAAUUCCUAUCUUAUUUUCCUGAAAACGAGAAAGUUAAACGUGAAUUAACAUUAUAUCAAAUAGAUCAUCGUACUUCUUCGUUACUCACUUUAAGUCAGAAUGUCACUUCUUUUCAACAGCUAUCUAAUAAAAAUAAUCUACCCAAACUUACUGCUAAUUAUUGUUUUUCAUUAAUGAAAACAAGAUGCCGUGACCCGUCAUUUUCGCCUAAUGAUUAUAUACCAUACGACUGUUUAAAUGAUGGUGUUAUUAUGCGUGAUCAUUUAAAAACAAUUUUAGAAAACUUUAAAUUAGAUGAUAUUACUGAUAAUGAAAAGGAAUUUCAAAAAUUAUGGUUAAAAUUUGAUCUCGAUAAUGUUGGCAUGGUACGAACAAAUAUAUUUCUUCGUUUAUUAAACUACCGUGUUAAUCUUGCUGAUGAAAUCGAUGCCAAUAUUCAAACAUUAGUGACACGUUCAGGUGUAGCCGGUAUUAUUGAUCGAAGAACUUCGUCAACAUCGGCAUCGGUUAGUGGCUUAUCGCCAUUGAGAAAACACAGAAGAUCGCUAGCUAAUAAUAGUCGUGAGUAUAAUCAUAGAAUUCUAGAAUCUAAACACCGUGCACCAUCGCCAACAGCUUUAGGUGAACGAUUAGAUGAAACAAGCCAUUCAAUUGAAAAACAUUCCAAUGAUGAUCAUGAAAGCUCUAAUAAAAGUUCGCCGGCUACUAAUUCAACAACAAGAGAGAUCAGCACAAAAUUUCGAACAUUGGUACAUCAACAUAGAAAAAUGGUUAAACAAUUGAAUGAAAACGAUGAAUUUUUACCAUUUUUCGAUCGAAAAGUAAAUGAAGGCUAUUUUUGUUUAAAAACCGUAUUUGCCUAUUUGGAUUCAAAUCAAACAAAUUACAUCAACAAAGAACAAUUUAUUGCUGCACUCAAUCAAUUUGAUAUUCCAAUUACACUUGAAAAUAUCGAUUCAUUUUUACGAAAACAUCGUCACACCAUAUUGAAGACUAUAAAUGGUGAAAAUGUAAUUGAUUAUAGUGCAUUUUUGAAAUAUUUUCAAGAUCGUUCUGAUGCAAGUUUUCUUGCUCAAACUCUAAAUAUAUUCCGGAAAGAAAAAGCAAUUCCAACGAAAUCAGAAUUCAGCAAUAUUGAAAAUGGUGUUAUUGAUUUAUUACAUCAUGUUUUCCUUUCGCUAACAGCUGCAUUUAAAUAUAUUUCAAAUGAUAUUGAAGAUUUAUGUCCAGAACAUGAACUAUUUCUUAUAUUGAAAAAAGAACUUGGUAUUGCUGAUAGUUAUCGAUUUACGGAUAAACAAAAAAAUGAACUUUAUACUCUAUUAAAUUGUACUGAUCAUAUGAAACACAAACAACAAUUACCGUACAAACGCUUAUUAUAUUUUCUUAGUAAAACGACUAUACCACAUGGUAAAGAACGAAAUAUUGAAAAAAAACAGGAAAAAUUUAUUGAAAAAAAAGAAGAAAAAUUUAAUGAGCAAAAAGAAGAAAGAAUUAUUCAAAAAAAAGUCGAAAAAACUGAUUUAGCACCAAUAAGGACAUCAUCUUAUAUUGAAAAAACAUUAAAUGAUCUAAUUCGUCUUCGUAUGCAUACAUUUACAAAAGUAUUUUCUCGUAUUGAUCAACCACGAACAGAUAAAAUUAACAAAGAACAAUUUCUUGAAGUUCUUGAACAAAUGGGGACAGAUUUAACACAAGCUGAAGUCGAUGUAGUUUGGUCAGCAAGUGAUUUUCCAUUGGAAAAAAGUGUACCGUUUCCAAAUUUAAUUCGGCAAAUGACUAUGUUCAAUCGAGAAGACAGUCAAAUGAUGCUGAAUCGAUUUUUAGUACAUCGGUCUCGAUCAAUACAUGAUCGUCAGAUGCCAUCAACCGCAAGAUCAGCAGUAUCAAUAUCAUCACGAGCUAUUUCAUCGUCAGCAAGAAUCAGUAGCUUAUCGAGCGACGCUCAAUCAACAGAUUAUCAUGAAACUUUUAAUCGUAUUCUUCCAUAUAUCCGUCAAAAUUACAAUAAGAUAAAACGAGAUCUACUUCAAAAGGAUCCAACAGCAAGUGGUUUAAUCGAUUUUUUAACAAUACAAAAUAUUUUGCAACAUUAUUCUGUUCCAAUCAAUGAUGAAGAACUAGGUCUACUCGUUCGUCUUGAUAAUCCACACAAUGGAUCAAAUAUUCAAUAUCCAUUUUUUAUACGAAAAUAUCAUCCUGAUGGACCUCUUAUGAAAAGCAGUCCAUGGUCACGUGUUCAUCCGGCCUAUGAGCAAUUAAUUCAAAAAUUACACUCGAAACAUCCAAGUAAAGAAGUGUAUGAUCAACGAACACAGAGUCCACGCGAUUUGAAAUGCCUUAUUCGAUUAAUUCAUUCAUAUGAUAAACCACGCAAAGGCUAUUUGACACAUGAUGAAUUUUAUUCGUUAUUUCAAGACAAUGACAUCCAUUUGAAUAAAUCUGAAGAAGAUUUCUAUCAACUCUUCUCGAAAUAUGACAAAAAAUUACUUGGUCAAUUCAAUUAUACUGAUCUUUUGCGCACGAUAAUCAAUACCAUCAUGUCAUGA